AUGGUCGAGAGAGAUAUUGACACCAUCAAUGCCAAGCUGGCCGAGCUGAAAAGCACGGAGCAAGGCCUCAAAGCCCAGCUCCGCCAGCUGCAGGGGGCAGCCGCAGAGGAGAGGGUUUGGGAGCAGCUGACAGCGCUGCAUUGGGAGAGAGUGGCGCUGGUGAAGCAGAAAACGGCGCUGCGGGAGAAGGCAACUGCUCUGCUGCAGCAGGAG